AGUUGGCUCAAACCGCAUCAGAGCGGGGUCAGCUUGGCCAUGGCAGGGUGUACUGCAUUCAUUUCGCUUGGCGCGCAUCCUACCAGCUUGUGGCCUGUGCCGGCAGUGGGUUCGCGGCCACGGUUGGAACCGCUGCGGAGUGAAGUUCGGGAGGUCACCGCGGUGCAAAGUUCAUGUCCUGCUGUGCUGGCGGCGGUGGCAGCUGUCCGUGUGGCGCGACGCAAGGACCGGUCACGUCCUUUGGCACUGCGGGCCACUACUGUGGAGGCAGAAUCCACUACUGGCCUUGCACCGUGGGAGAUUGAAGAGGAGACCGAAGACGAGCGGCAGGCUCGCUAUGCCCGAGAGGCAGACGAAAUGAAACUGAAGUGGGACGCGAGGCGCUUAGAGGAGAAACAAUCCGCACAAAGGCGCCAGGCUUGGGCGCAGAAGGAGCAGGAGCGUGCUUCGUUGUAUGGCCCACGGGAUCCCAUCAUGGAGGCCUAUGAGGCAAGAAUUUACGAGGAGGCCAGAGUCAUAGAAGUUCGGCGACGGCAGCGAGAAGUCUACGAGCGCAUCAAGGCGCACAAAGAAGGCAAAGCGCUGCCUCCAAAAGGCACGCCCUACGUGACUUUAAAGGCUUCCCCAACUGAACCGGUGAAACCAGAGGAGUUCGAUAUCUCUGGGCACUACAAACCAGAGGAGGAUUUAGAGGCGAAAAAGUACAAGGCCCCGGAAUCUUAUGUGUCGCCCUCUGGCAGUGCUCCACCACCCCGACAUAAGCGUGGUGCUCCGCGUGCGGCCUGGGAGGCUCAGCAAUAUGCUCCUCCUCGGCCCAAUGCGCCUCCGCCGAAAGAGUGGCCAGAGCCUGGAUCAUUGCCAGCAGACACAGUCCCGCCAGUACGGGCGAAGAUCGAAGAAGAGCGGGCCAACCGCAAGUCCCGGAGACAAAGAAUGAUGGAAGAGCAGGAACGCUUGGAUCGCGGCGAGAGCCCCGCAGUGGAGGAAGAGGAGGAUUUGGAAGAUGAAGACUUGGAAGAUGAUGUCGAGGAUGAAGAAGUCCAAGAGGAUGUCCAAGAAGUCGCUGAAGAGUUGGAGGCAGACAAGCCUGAUUUACCGACGGUGGCAGAGGCCAAAGCUAUGAAAGUGGCCGAACUGAAGCAAGCGUUGCAAACCGCUGGCUUGCCGGUCACUGGAAAGAAGGCUGAGUUGCUGGAACGGCUGCUGGCUGCUAUUGAGGGCUGAGCCUCCUCCAGAGAUGCACAGCUUACACAACUUGCACCGAGUUUCAUCGAGAUCCAUUAGAAGGGGAAAGCAAAAA